AUGGUUCUGCAAGACAGCUUCUUCCAAAACAGGCCUUUGUACCUAGCAAGUGGCCAUACAUUUACAGACUUGCACUAUACCUUCAGGAUGGGAAUAUCUACUAUAUCUGGCAUUGUGAAUUCUGUAUGUCAGACUAUAUGGGCUGUUCUUCAGGAAAAAUGCAUACCAAAGCCUUCACUACAGCAGCUGCAGGGAAUAGCUGAAGGCUUUGAGAAGAAAGCAUAUUUCCCACAUUGCAUUGGUGCUGUGGAUGGUAAACAGAUAAGGACUUCCAAAUCUCAAGGAAGUGGUUCAGUGCAGUCCAACUACAAAGACUGUUUUUCUGUUGUACUGAUGGCAGUAGCAGAUUCUGAUUAUCGUUUCACUUUUGUGGAUGUUGGUGCUUAUGGAAAUGCUUGUGAUUCAUCUAUUUUCAAAAAUACUUCUUUCUGGAAAAGUAUUGAUGAAAAUGAACUUCCUUUGCCUGAGCCUAAGCCUCUGCCAGGUUCAUACCAUGCAUGUGUGCCUUAUGUCAUUGUGGGUGAUGAAGCAUUUGGUCUACACUCUAACUUGAUGAGACCCUUUGGUGGCAAGCAAUUAAGUAUUGCAAAGAGAGUCUUCAACUACCGCUUGAAUAAAGCAAGAUUGUAUAUAGAACAUGCCUUUGGUAUUUUAAGUAAUAAGUGGAGAAUAUUACAUCGUCCUCUUAAUGUGUCACUGGAACUUGCAGUAAAUAUUGUUAAAGCUUGUUGCAUUCUACACAAUUUUUUGCAAGACCGAGAGAGAUAUAAUUUUGAAGAUACAGUAACAAUAAUUGGGUUAGAUGAUCUUCCUCGUGCAUUAUCAGUGCGAUCUGGUACUCCUGCCAAUUUAAUCAGAAAUGCAUUUACAGACUAUUUCAUGAGUAAAACUGGAUCUUUGUCAUGGCAGUUCUCAAAAAUAUAA